AUGGAUAAAAGUUGGACACAUAUUGGGAAUGGAGCGUUAUCGCAAUACUUAAAUGGUGUGGAACAAUUUUUGAACUUUGCAUUUUUCAUUCCUGAAGUUGGUGUAAGAAUUCAAUGUCCGUGCAUAAAAUGUAAUAAUGUGCUUUGGAAAACGCAAGACGAAGUGAAGGCAGAUUUAUGUAGGUGGGGAAUGAAUCAAACUUAUAAAAAAUGGAUUCAUCAUGGUGAGCUAGAUUUAUCUUUAGAUGAUGAAACAAAUAUUAAUGAAGAUUCAAAUUUAGAAAAUGAUGAUGCUCCGAUUUUUGAAAUAUUACAUGAUAUAUAUCAUGGUGUUUCCAAUAAUAGUCAUGACUUUGUUGAGACAACUGAAUUAGGACACGAAGAACCUAAUAUAGAAGCUAAGAAUUUCUAUAGGUUAAUGAAGGAUGUAGAAAUUCGAUUGUACCCAAAUUGUGAAAAGUUCUCCAAACUCUCUUUUAUAGUCCGUCUUUUUCAAAUGAAGUGUAUGCAUGGAUGGAGUAUUACUUCAUUUGACUCUUUGUUGAAACUACUGAGUGAUGCUCUACCUAAAGAAAAUGUGUUACCAAAUUCUCUGUAUGAAGUUCAAAAGAUAAUAAAAGAUUUGGGUUUAGAUUAUGUGAAGAUAGAUGCAUGUGUUAAUAAUUGCAUCUUAUAUAGACAGGAAUAUGCGGAUCUUGAACAAUGCCCUAAAUGUGGUGAAAAAAGAUGGACAAUGAGAAAAGGAGAAAAUGCCAACAAUGAGGUUGCUUCAGAUAAUUUGAAUAAGAAAAAGAAAGGAAUUCCUAGAAAGAUUCUUAGAUACGUUCUUUUAAUACCUAGAUUACAACGAUUGUUUAUGACAAAAGGAACUGCAAAAGAGAUGAGGUGGCAUAAGGAUAAUCAAGUUGAUGAUGUGUUACAACAUCCAGCUGACUUAUUGACAUGGAAAUUUUUUGAUGAAAAACAUCCAAAUUUUCCUUCAGAUCCUCGUAGUGUAAGACUUGGACUUGCUUUAGAUGGUUUUAAUCCUUUUGGUUCAAUGAGUAAUUCAUAUAGCAUGUGGCCAGUUAUCUUGAUUCCAUAUAAUCUUUCCCCAUGGGUAUGCAUGAAACAAUCCAAUAUUUUAUUGUCUUUGCUUAUUCCUGGACCAAAAGGUCCUGGUAUGAAUAUUUAUGUGUAUCUCCAACCUCUGAUUGAUGAUUUAAAAACCUUAUGGGGGGAUGUAAUUGAGUCUUAUGAUGCUUUUAUGAAACAAAAUUUUCAGUUACGUGCUUCUUUGUUGUGGACAGUCAAUGAUUUUUCUGCUUAUGGUAUUUUAUUUGAUUGGAGCACUAUAGGUAAACUAGCUUGUCCAGUUUGUCAUGUGCAUACUUUUUCCAUUUACUUGAAGCAUGGUCGAAAGCAGUGCUAUAUGGGUCAUCGUAGGCUCUUGGAGAUAAAUCAUCCUUAUCGUCGGAAUAAAAGUUCUUUUGAUAUUACAAAGGAAGAAAGACUUGCACCACAAGCUUUGAGUGGUGAAGAUGUUCUUGUGCAACUUAAUACCUCUUCACAAAGGUCAGUUGAUGACAACACAAGAAAAAGAAAACGAGACACUGUUGCCCAAAUGGAGAAGCGAAACUUAGAAAUGCAUAUUUCAAAGUUGAGUUCUCAAGGUUUGAAGAAAAAUAUUCCGAAAGAAUUGGUCUUAGAAAAGAUCCAAGAAGAGGUGAAAGCUCGUGCUAUGUUGCGUACUGCAGAAGAAACAAAGAGGAAGCUUUUGAGUGAAAAAUCAUCACUUGAGAAAAAAAUCAUAGAACUAGAGAAAAGGAAAUCAAGUGAGUUUUUAGUUUUGAGAAAUGUGUUUGUCAAUACAUGCUUAAUAUUGAGAUUGUUGGAGCCUUUUUUCAUUCCUGCUAAUUCCUUCAAAUUUAGAUUGCUUUUCCAGUUCAGCAUACAAAAUGUUAUUAAUGGUUUCCAUAUAGUUGAAGUUGAUGUAAUUAUGCUUAGUAGAGGUGGUUGGGGAGAAGGCCAGAAAAUUUAUGUCAUGGAUUGGUGGCAUUGUUUUUUGAAUGGAUUGCGAUUUAUGGUUCACUUAGAUCACAUUAACAAUUGA